ACUUUGAUUGAGUCUAAAUGCAGAUUUGGGCGCACUGGAAUGUACAAGGCCUUUAUGUUUGGGAACCCAAGCAUAAUUGUUACAUCACCGGAUUCCUGCAGGAGAGUGUUAACAGAUGAUGAAGCUUUUAAGCCUGGAUGGCCAAUCUCCACCGUGGAGCUUAUUGGGAAGAAUUCAUUCAUUGGCAUUUCUUAUGAAGAGCACAAGCGUCUCCGGAGAAUAACUGCAGCUCCAGUCAAUGGCCAUGAAGCAUUGUCGAUCUACUUGAAAUACAUUGAAGAUAAUGUUUUAUCUGCCUUGGAGAAAUGGACCAAGAUGGGAGAAAUUGAAUUCUUGACUGAACUCAGAAGGCUCACUUUCAAGAUUAUAAUGUACAUUUUUCUCAGCUCAGAGAGCGAGCUGGUAUCUGAGGCCUUGGAGAAGCAAUACACUGCCCUUAAUCUUGGUGUUAGGGCUAUGGCAAUCAAUGUCCCAGGAUUUGCUUACCACAAAGCUCUUAAGGCUAGGAAGAAUCUUGUAGCUAUAUUACAAUCCGUGGUGGAUGAGAGAAGAGAGCAAAGGAAAUGCAAUAAUGUGACAAAGAAGAGGGACAUGAUAGAUGCUCUGAUGGAUGUUGAAGAUGAAAAUGGUAGAAGAUUGUCUGAUGAGGAGAUCAUUGAUAUUCUGGUAAUGUACCUAAAUGCAGGCCACGAAUCUUCUGGACAUACCAUGAUGUGGGCAACUAUUUUCCUACAAAAACAUCCAGAAUUUUUGCAAAAAGCUAAGGAAGAGCAAGAGAGGAUCAUUAGAAACCGCCCACCAACACAAAAGGGGUUGACCCUAAAGGAAUUUCGAGAAAUGGAGUAUAUCUCCAAGGUGAUCGAUGAAACACUUCGUGUGAUAACAUUCUCACUUACAGCCUUCCGAGAGGCAAAACAGGAUGUCAACAUAAGUGGUUAUACCAUUCCUAAGGGAUGGAAAGUUUUGAUCUGGUUCAGGGGAGUUCACUUGGAUCCUGAAAUUUAUCCUGAUCCUAAAGAAUUUGAUCCUACAAGAUGGGAAUGUAGGGUUUUACACCAAAAGCAGGAAGUUUCCUCCCCUUUGGAGCAGGAAGCAGGCUCUGCCCUGGAAAUGAUCUAGCCAAACUCGAAAUUGCUGUAUUUCUUCACUAUUUUCUCCUUAGCUAUGAGCUGGAUCGGAUUAAUCCCCAAUGUCCCACAAGGUAUCUUCCACAUACACGGCCUAAAGAUAAUUGCCUGGCAAGAAUCAAGAGACACCGAUCUUCUUCUGUGUGAAGACAAAGGGAAUAAGAGACACUGAAAAUGCCAAAUCUUCUUCUUUGCGAAGAAAAAUAAAAGGGGAAUAAGAGAAAUUGAAAGCCAGUCUUCUUCUUCAUCCACGAGUCAGAUGUCCCUAAUGAAAAUAUAGUUUUCAG